AUGCGAAAGGAGAGAUGGUUUACCUUUCAAGGAUUUUUGCUUUUCCACUCUAGCUCAAGUGUGAGCAGGUCACCGCUGACACAAGCCACAAGCAUUCCAGAAAGUCGUUCAUCGACGCCAGAUCUCCACAUGCAUCUCUCCCAGACUCACGCUUCGACGGGUUACGAUCCACAGGACUUCAUUUCCACUGGGGAGCACCUGUCGGAUCCCUCCCAAUACCCCCUAACAGUACCUCCUCCCCCUCCCCCACCCCCUCCGUCGGUAACCCCCACUCACACGUAUUUUCCACCACCUCCUCCUCCUCCUCAAAGUGACCCCUAUUAUGCAACCUACUCUCGCCAAUAUGACUCCGCUGAAAUGCAGAAACCGUCCGGCUUUCAGCAUAACUACUCCACCAGUAUCUACCAAGUAAACCAGUAUAUGCCAGUGGACGCCUCGGGUCAAAAGUUGGUUGUCACCCCUCAGGACGUCUGCUUUGAUCAAAGUGGAUAUCGGCAGAUGCUGGGGACCAUGAUGAACCACUUGGUGCCUCCCGGAAGUCAACUGUGCCAGGUGGCGAAAGAGAGUCUCCGCCAACGCGCCCCCUCAAUGGUCUCUGUGUCAAGGUCGUCGGGAUCACGUGGAAAAGCUACCAAUGACGUCACAGCCAUGAAAGAAAAGACUCCAUGCGACAUUUGUGGGGAUGUCUCAGCCGGGUUUCACUGCAACGCCUACGUCUGCGAGGCUUGUAAGAAAUUUUUCAUACGAAGUUCAAAAAAUGAAAAUUACACAAAGUACUCCUGCUCCAAGGUGAACGCCUGUGAGGUGAACAAGGACACACGGACACACUGCCAAAGAUGCAGGUUUUACAAGUGCUUGCGGAUUGGCAUGGUCCUUCCUGGUAAGCAAACUCUUGGCACCAAUCUAAGACGCAUCACGUCCACAACGGCUGAAUUUCACACGCGCACCCAGGCGCACUUGUGUAAUAGUCACGACUGCAUGUGGCGAAAAUUGUCCGCGGAACACUCAGGCCCAUGCCCACCUGAUGUGAAACUUGUUUGUCAGCAAACGAAGGCCCUGAGUCGCUUAAGGAGCACCAAGCUAAUCUUUUCGACGACACCGGGGCUACGAAUCCUUCGAGCGCACACAGGUGUUCCCUCUCCGACAUACAUCAUACAGCCUUCCUCCGCCUCCGCCUCCACCGCCUCUUUGGCCGUGGGGGGGGGGAAAGCCUGGGAAACGAAGGUGGGGGGUGGUGGGGGUUGUGGGGAUGAACAUGACGACGACGACGAUGCUACCACUAAACAGCGUGCUCUCACGCUUUGGUGGGUGGCCCCGACGCCGGACUCAAAUCAGCACACGGUCCCCAUCGACAUAUACUAUUUGCAAUUCACUCCAUCAACAGGCGCUGCUGUCUGCCCAGCCAAUGACAUUUCGAUAAUUCCCUGUCGCGUUUGCGGAGCGCAGUCGUCCGGAUUUCAUUUUGGCGCCAUCACUUGCGAGGGCUGCAAGGGUUUCUUUCGAAGGACGAUAAGCGAGAGGGACAAUCAGAGGUAUACCUGUCGUAAUGGUGGCACGUGCAUAAUCACCUUGGCGACCCGAAACAAUUGCAAAAGCUGUCGUUACAGGAAGUGCCUUUCGGUUGGAAUGUCGAAAGAGGGUAAGAGAAAUGUAAAUGACCGCGUUGGCUUAGUCGCCAGCAGUAGGAUAGGAAGACAGCCCAACGCCGUGAAGCACAUGUGUGCCAUUGAAAUAGAGAGGAUCAAAUCAAAACUCAGUUCUUCCACCGCUCCAACACCACCUCCUUCCUCCGCGACUUCCAACCCCGCCAAUUCCACAGCCUACUUCGAUCAGCAUCAACAACAAAGUUCAGUCGAUCAAACAAGCGCUGCAUUAUACCAAUCGACUAAGGUAGAUGAAAACAAUAAUGCUCCAGAACUCCUUUUUCCUCCAUGGCCCACAGCCAGUUACCCCUACUACGACACCACCGGCCACGUUAGCCUGCCAGAAAUCACGGCGAUUUCCAAAACUGGCUCCACUCUCGAGCACCAACGAUUCGCCAAACUGGCGGAACUUGCCGGUGAAGGUGAUGCGACACCGUAUCCCGGGGUUUUCCCUGAAGCAAUGGAUACAUACGAGAGCAGAUACGGGGAUGUGGUGCGAGUGCGUGCGGGUUCGGACGCAGGCUCGCUGAGAGGCCAAAGACAAACCUCCGCUGGUACCUCAAGUUCCGAGGAUCUUCUAGUGCCCACAGUGCAGGCGACGACGUCGGCGAUAACACUACCUGCCAGUACCUCGCAUUUAUAUGAAUCUUCUGCAACGGCGGUCACAAUGAGCACUUACGAACAGGCAGCACUCUCGAGCCUAAUCCAACUCGCGAAGCAGGUUCAGUCGGCAAGCAGCAGCGGCGGAGGUGGGGGUGAGUCACUGUUGGUGGGCGGGCGGGUGCCGACCCAGACUGGGCCCGACCACUUCCCGCCAAUCGACAGUCUGCAGCCGCCGCAGACACUGCGCCACCAUCGACCCAGCAGCGUCUCGCACCUCGACGACCACCGAGGCAUGGCGGAGAGCAGCUCUCCUGAAGACGAGGCCGGCAAAAUUCUGAAUCGGUCGCGCAGGCACCUCACUGUGGACUCACUGGUUGUCACGAAGAGCGAGGAGACCGUCGUACCGAUGGCCCAGUCGUUUUCAUUGGGAGAAAGUGCCGAACCCACUAACAUGGAAGAUGGCAAUGGACUAAGUGGGCACAAACGGGUGCUCAGUCGCUUGGACCUCAUGCGUCACCGGGUACAUGCCCCGGGCACCCCUUGGUGUUCGACAAAGAAGGAGUCCACACGGUUUGCAGCUGAAAAGUUUACUCUCCUUCCAGGACGAUACACACCUGAGGACUACCGGCCCUCACAACUCCUCUACUCCGACCAGAAGGCAUUCGAAACUGGAAACGGAGGUCACAAUGGGACAGCCAUGGGGACAGGAGUGCUUCCGCAGUCGACGGUAUCCUUCACCACGCAAAUGUCCCUCGAAGCUUUCACCGAGCACAUAACCGAAGCAGCCGUCCACCUAAACGACUGCCGACAACGGGUGAGUUCACGUUCCAUGAAGAAGACUACUUGCCACUGCGUCGUUUCCACUGCACCAGGCUACUCACACCUUCGCCAAGCCACGCCACGCCACAUCACGUCACGCCACUUGUGCCCCUCAAACUGGGAGUGCGUUCCGCACCCCGCCACUAGUAACUUCUUCCUUGAACGUGACCUGUCGGCACCUGCGAUCUGGGCACAUAUGAUGACGCAGUUUGAGGCUCAUGCCCACCAGGUCAUUAGGUUUGCUCGAGCUAUUCCCGGUUUCCGUGAUCUCCCGAGAGCAGACACGAAGUUCCUGGUGCAAGCGUCCAUGUACCCGAUUGUCCUCGUUCAACUAGCCCGUGAGCCUCUGCCCGGCGGUGACAUCAACUUCUACAACUUUACCCCUCGCGAAAGGCGACACCUGCUUGCUGAGUUUCCCCAGCUCAAUCGCUUGGCUGACCACUUCUACGAGCUCACAGGCUUUCUCGGGCCGAUGAACUUGGACAAUACUGAAGCCGCCUUGCUGUGCAGCAUCAUCUUUCUUCGUGGUUCUAAUAAUUGGUUUCUGCUUUUUUCUAAAGCGAAUCAGAAAUUGCUUGAAGCAGAGAAGAUUUAUGAGAUAUACAAUCAUGCCGCCUCGGCUCUUCAGCAAUACAUUACCGAGGCGAACAAGCAUCUAUUUCGUAUUUUAGUGCGUUACACAAGCGAUGAGAGGUUCACACACCUGAUAAAACUGCUUCCAAGUUUGUCAAGCAUGAAUGAAACCCACCGAAUAGCAGUAAGAGAGUUGCGUCACUCCCGUCCCGAUCUUCACUUUCCCGAUCUCUUUGUACAAAUGUUUCAAUUGGAUGUUGGUAGCCAAUCAAGAGGCGCCGCACCACCGACGGAUGUGGUCAGCAGCGGACUGGUUAACGCCAGUGAAUGA